AUGCCGAAUCAUUUCAACCUGGAGGAUUGCGAACGAUUCCUGCACGACGAAAACCAGUUUAGUCCAGGAGCGUCGAAACGCAUCGAAAAAUACCUUCAAAUUUCUCGAGAAGGCCUGGAUGAGUUUUUGAUUCGAUUCCCAGAGAUGAUUCGAAACGAAGAUCAAUUGUUCUAUAUCGUGCGAUUUAUGAGGGCGCAUCACAAGUUCGACACGCAAGAUCACGAAAGAAUUUUCAACAAUUACCUGUUUACAACUAUGGAGAGAAAAGUGACGGAGCUACUCGCUGUUGUGGAGCAAAAAGACCCUCACACGUAUUGGUAUUUGAUGCAUGCUCUGCAGUCAAAACAUUCCCCUUUGUAUGAGCAUCUUCACGGAUCCAUAAGAUGUUGUGGUACGUAGAAGAUUUGUUACUGCUGGCCGAUUUUGAACGUUUAUCAUUUGGUGAGAUAUUGUGGUUCCGAAAUUCAUGAUUCCCUUACCUUUGCAAAGAAUAAUUAUUUUACGUCGAAAUAGUGACGUCAUAGGCAAUUUGUAAUGCAGGACUUACUUGAUUGCAACCUUACGAUUUUCAGUGGUUUAAAAAAAGGGUGUUUUUAUUCUUUAUGCGAUAAUUGAUCGUCGCACAAUUAUUUGGCUGACUAAAUCAAUGACGUGAAAAUGCGGCUGUUCAAAAGUCGAAAUUACAGGCCCUGGCAGACGGAAAGAACAGCUUAGUUGUUCCAAAUUAAAACUGCAGUUCUUGAAUGAUUCUGAAACCGAACGUUCAUGCACUCAAUCUGAGUUAUUAGGUUGGCUCAGGAUUAAGAAAACAGGAGCUUAUGUUCUCUCGACUAAGCUUACGUUCUAUUGAUAGGAAAAGAGGCAUAUGCUGCUCGAUGUAAGAAAAUGAUAUCCUUCAGUGGGGAAGUUUUUGUUAAGUAACUCAUCCCUAAAACUAGUAACACAGCCAUUUGAGAUUCUUUUGAUUACAGUGUGUAAAGAUAUAAAACACAGAGAGAAAGAGGAGGAGUUACAUUUUUCAGGUGAGAUGAGGAUAUGAUUUUAUUUUACGUAAGUGUGAAUGAGACAAUAGUUUUGAAAGCCCGGAUUAAGUGGAGAAAGGGCGGAAUGGGGGAGAGGAAGAAGAAACAGGAAGCUGCUUUUGGUCAGUUUUAUUUGUAAUUGAUAACAUACAGCGUCUGGAUAGAUACAAAAUGAAAUGCUUGCUUUGCAGAUUUGGAAAACGAAGGGAAAGUAGUAGUCCCCUUACUUAAAGCUUUGUGUGAAGCAAUUGAGGACAAAGUCUCCAAUGGAAGAUCGUACAUCGAAAAGAUGAGAAAUGCGAGGCAAAGUGAGUUCCAUCAAUUUUAGACGCAAUACUCUGUUACAAAUAGUUCAUUUGCAAUUUAGUGUGAGAGUAUACGUCGCACGUGGCUUCGGCGCCAUUUUUAUUGGAAGGGUACAACUAUGAUAAUAUAUGAUAACAAAAACGGCGUCGGAUGCACUUCUGAAUUCAUGCAGUUUUGUAUUGUUACAAUCACAGCAUGAAAUCGCAAAUUUACGCAUCUUUAACUCUUGCGUAAAGAACGUAAAUAUAAAGCCUCUUCUUUACGGACAAGUUCCGCGUUCAGUAAAGAUACGUAAAUGCGGAGAAAGCGUAAAGACUGCGUAAAGGAUAUUGAAUGUUUGUAAAGGAUAAGGAAUAAGAUGGAUAUAAUCAAGCACUUUCUAUUUGGAGAAAUACUCAAAGAAGUGAAAUAAUUAUGGCUCAUCCAUUUUCCGUAGAAUUACCGUGGUAUUUUGACCAGUUUCGCUUUUAACACUUUACAGGUCUUUAAUAGUAAUAAUAAUAAUACGGUCGCUGUAAAAAUAUCGUAAAUAUCCUCUAUACGACUUUUUAAAAGGCACGUAAAGAUAGCGUUUUUAGUUUCUCCCUGAUCUUUACGUACUAUCGUUUUCAAUGCAUAAAGACAAUCUUUACGAAAGUGUAAAGAAGUUCGUAAAGACGCGUAAAGAGGAUCUCCUCGCUUACUUUACGGCAUAUUUACAGAUUCGUAAAUUUAUAAUUUCAUGCUGUGAUAAUUGGCUUUGGAAGCUAGUGCAUUUAACUGAAUCGCGCGCGUUUUGCCGCGUUUGGCGUCUCUCACGGGUGGCUCUUUUGAUAUUUUAUUGGCUAUGAUUUGUAGUUGUAUUAAGCUUUUGCGCAAAUACUAAAACACAUUCUAAAAAUCUUAAUUGAGAUUUUCUUUUUGUAUCAUUUUAUUUUAUAGGAAAGAAAGGUGAAGUUUUAGUAACAAACCGAGCUACUUAUCCUGUGGAUGAUGUUGUUGAGCCUGAGGAUGAGGACUACAUUGAUGCUACGGAAGGUUGGUGAGGAGUAAAUAUCUCCUCAGUUGCUUAUGUUGAUUGUGUUAUAUUCAUGCUACAAAUGAAAAGCCUUGUUUUCCUCUUUUUUUUUUUGUUAACCAGGUAUUGGGAUUCAGAGUAAAAGCUCUUAAAAGCUCUCUCCCCCUCCCCCCCUCUCCCCCCCCUUACCACCUUUAUUAGCUCAGCAUACUAUCUAACUUGCGCUUUCCAAUACUACAACUGCCAUUCAGGGUUAUCAAUGUUACCUGCAAAUAUAAUAUAGAGCCUGUUUUUCAGUUUCUAAAUCUUUCCUUCCUCUCUCUCAACAGACUUUCCUCCACAGCACUCUCGCAUCGUCGAGUCUGGUGAACCCAAGAAACUCGAAAAAGUUAAAGAUAUCCUGAAUCCUACAAAAGACUGGACACCAGAGUUGGCAGAAGAGAUGCUCCGCACUUGUACCAGAAGGAAGCGAGCCUACAAAGCUGCUUUCAUCGGCUUGUCAGCGAUCACCCUCUUCAUUUUCCAUUCACUGCCGGCAUUUGAUUUUUUGUUCCUGUUUAUUUACUGUAACUUUUUGAUCAUGGUUAUAACACUCUGA